AUGUAAGAAUUAGAGGAAUAUGAGAUCAUAAAACAAAAAAAAAUCAAGCUCAAUGAAAAGCCAAGACCACUAGAAUUUACAGUAUUAGCAACUCAUAAUUUUGCAAGGUAUUAAGUAAAUAAAAAAUUUAAAGGGCUUCAAUAUUGAAACUUCCUCAUGGAGAAGUGAAAACUCCAGUUUAUAUGCCAGUAGGGACAAAAGGAGCAAUGAAAGGAGUAACAUAUUAAGAGAUGGAUGAUAUGGGAUGCAAAUUAUUAUUAGCGAAUACAUACCAUUUGGCAUAUAAACCAAGUGGUGAUUUAUUAGAAAAAGUAGGAGGAUUACACAAAUUUGUAAAUUGGAAACAUAACAUUUUAACAGAUAGUGGUGGAUUUUAAAUGGUUUCAUUAUCUUAACUUAGUGAAGUAAAUGAAGAUGGAGUAACAUUUGAAUCUCCUUAUGAUAAAACAAUAAUGCAUUUACGACCAGAAGAUUCAAUUCACACUUAAAAUUAAAUAGGUGCUGAUAUAAUAAUGGCUUUGGAUGAUGUUGUUAGAACUACAACAGUAGGUCCUCGUAUGUAGGAAGCAAGUGAAAGAACUACAAGAUGGUUAGAUAGAGAUAUUGCAGCUCAUAAAAGAAAAGAAGAUUAAAAUUUAUUUCCUAUUGUACAAGGAGGGAUAGAUCCAAAAUUAAGAGAAUAAUCAUUAGAUGAUCUUAUUUAAAGAGAAGCAAAUGGAUAUGCUAUUGGAGGUUUAGCUGGAGGAGAAGAUAAAGUAAAUAUUUUCUUAUUAUUAUUUUCAGGUUGAUUUUUGGAAAACUGUAGCAUAAUGUACUGCUAAAUUACCAAAUGAUAAACCUCGAUAUUUAAUGGGUGUUGGAUAUCCAGUAGAUGUUGUUGUAUGUUCCUGUUUAGGAGUAGAUAUGUUUGAUUGUGUUUUCUCUACCAGAACAGCUAGAUUUGGAACUGCUUUUACAGAUUAUGGAUUUCUUAAACUUAAAAACAGUGAAAUAGCAAAUGUAUUCCAACCUAUCUAAUAAGGAUGUUAAUGUUAGGCUUGUAAAUCUUACACAUAAUCUUAUUUACAUUAUUUGAUAGCAAAAGAACAAGUUGCCUGUCAUCUAAUUUCUAUUCAUAAUCUAAAUUAUUUAAUUUAAUUAAUGCUUAAUUUACGUCAAUCAAUUAUUGAUGGCAAAUUGAUUGAAUUUGUUAAUUAAUUUUUGAAGAAAUGGUAUUAAAAAGAAGGAUAAAUACCAUAAUGGAUUAUUGAAGCUUUAGACUAUGCUAAAAUUCCAAUAUAAUAAAUUUGA